UGUACUCUAAACCCUCUGUAUUUUACAGGUUACAAUGGAAUCAAGGAAAGAUAUAUCAUUAUUCCAGAAAUAUGUCAAGGUUGCAGCAGUGGUCAGCCUAUAUUGGGUUGUGUCAAUAUCUAUGGUAUUUGUUAACAAAUAUCUACUGGGAGGCUCGUCCAUGGGGGAUAGAGAUGCCCCUCUAUUUGUGACAUGUUUCCAGUGUUUUGUGACUGUCGUCUUCUGCCUUCUCCUGAAAUACAUCUCUAGACUGUUUCCACAUGUUGUCACCUUCCCUGAAGUUGGAGCUUUAGAAGCAGACAAAGUGAAGAAGGUUUUGCCAUUGACAUGCAUGUUUGUCGCUAUGAUUUCCAUGAACAACCUGUGCCUGAAGUACGUCGGUGUAGCAUUCUAUUAUGUUGGACGAUCAUUAUCAACAGUGUUCAAUGUCAUUUUCACGUACCUGAUCCUUGGUCAAAAAACAUCAUUACCUGCAGUGGCAAGCUGUGGUGUUAUCAUUGCAGGUUUCUUCUUAGGAGUUGAUCAAGAGAAUGUUGCAGGGUCAUUGUCAGUGUCUGGAGUUGUAUUUGGAGUCCUUGCAUCAGCCUCUGUUUCCCUGAAUGCUAUUUUUACAAAGAAAGUUUUACCAACUUUAGAUGGUUCAAUUUGGUUGCUUUCGUAUUACAACAAUGCUUUGGCCAUUGUUUUGUUUACUCCCCUGAUUGUACUGAAUGGGGAAAUACCUGCAAUUGGGAAGAUGAUCUCUGAAGGCUCUUUGAAUUUCUGGGGAUUAAUGGUUAUUGCUGGACUCUUUGGCUUUGCCAUUGGCUAUGUGACUGGACUUCAGAUUCAGGUGACUUCGCCUCUCACCCAUACCAUCAGUGGCACAGCAAAGGCUUGCGCCCAGACCGUAUUGGCCACUUGGUGGUACGGGGAAGCCAAGGCUGCACUCUGGUGGAUUAGUAACUGGAUUGUCCUUGGAGGUUCCUUGGCUUACACACGUAUCAAGCAGCAGGAAAUGAAGUCUUCUCAUAAUUCAGGAUUAUCAUCGGGUAAAGACAAAGUCUGAGUGAUGUAUAUGUUUCUUUUGAUCUGAAGACUCUCUGUUGCCCUCAUGACAUCUAUCUUUCCUGCUGUAGUUUAUCUGCACACAGUUGUGGUUAUCCAACCAAGGUAUACAUUCCAAGUAACCAAGAUGUUAGGUAUUAUCAUCACAUUUACCAGCCAAUUGCAAUCUUGUUUUUGUGAAAGCACAAUGCACCCUAAGAUAAUAAAAAAAAUGGUCUCACAGAGGUGGACUUGGGGCUAGGCUGUGUGUAAUGUGUGUUGUCACUUCUAAAGCUUUUCUGUGAUUUACACUUCCCUGUGCAACUGAUGAAUCAGUAGCCAUAUGACCUUUGGUAUCAAGGCUUCCUAACAGACAAUUUUUUUUUUUUUUUUUUUUUUUUUUUAUCAACUACAUAUGAUUUAUAUAUGAUAUAUUCUAUUGAAUUUUUAGUAGUUGGAAAAGACCAUAUAGAUAUUCCUAUCUAUAUUUAUUAGUGUUUUUAUUGAUGGUGAUCUCCACUUUCUAAGGAGUCCUUAGAAGUUACAAAUUGGAAUUUUCAGUAUCACAUAUGUAUAAGAAAAGUCUUAAACCAUGUCUUUGGUAAAUAUUCUUACUCCAUACUUUAAUUAUGCUAGUCAUUGUCAGAACUUUAAUAUCUCAAAGUGACUCAGCUCAAAGGGAACUAGAUAUUUUAGCCUUUCUUAUCAUCAAAUGCCACCUCAGCAUUCAUAAAGCCAGUCACAGGUCCUAUAAACCUGUGUGAUAAAAGAAAUUAAAACAUGAAUGGUAUAUUGAGUAGUAUGAUAAAAAUGUCACUUGGGCAUAAUUUUUUAUUGUUCUUUUCUAUAGUAGGAAUUAACAUAAGUGGGCUUACAGGGAUUAGCAAA